AAAAAAAAAAUCCAACCCAAAAACCAUUAACUAAAAACCCACAAAAAAGGCAACAAAGGAAGCCUCCUUGUUAUGAUGGUUUCCAAAACUCAAGAUUUGUUUUGUUAAAAAUUAUACCUAUCAAACUUUCUUACAAAUUUCUCUUCUUUUCUUUGUUUUGUUUUGUCUCAAAAUAUUCUUAAAAAUCUUCCUUUUUUUUUUUUUUUUUUUUCCAUUUGAUUGUUUUUGUUUAUCCAAUCCUUCAAAAUAAUGGGUCUUUUGAGUCUUCUUAGACAGGCUUAUAACUGAAAAGAUCAUACAAAAGUCUUCAUUGUUUCAUAAGAUUAAUGUUGUCUGCAUUUAUCAAUGUGUGUUUGAUUUCUGAAACUUCUGUUGCGGGUUUGGAAAUUGAGCGGAAGCCAGAGCAAAUAUUUAGGGUCAAUAGAGUUUCCAGUAUUGAUUUUAUGAACAAUUUGAUUGCUGGGUCAUUUGGGUGAGAAUAUGUAAGCCAUGGUAACAGCAGUAUUAAUGCGAAUUGUGUCCUGCUGGAGGCCUUCCGUUGAGGGUGAAAAUUCUAGUAGAGUUGGGGAUGCUAAUGGUAGGGUUGAUGGAUUGUUGUGGUACAAAGAUUCAGGAAAACAUGUUAAUGGUGAGUUUUCAAUGGCAGUAAUUCAAGCAAACAAUCUAUUGGAAGACCAUAGCCAACUUGAAUCAGGUCCAUUGAGCUCAUUUGAAUCAGGGCCUCAUGGGACAUUUGUUGGAAUUUAUGAUGGUCAUGGUGGUCCAGAAGCUGCUAAGUUCAUAAAUGAACACCUUUUUGGCUAUAUGAAGACUAUUAAUGGUGCAGAGUUUACAACUGAGAAUCAUGGAAUGUCAGCUGAUGUAAUCAACAAAGCUUUUUUGGCAACCGAAGAGGAUUUUCUUACUCAUGUCAAGAAGCUGUGGCUAAGUAAGCCACUAAUUGCUUCUGCUGGUUCAUGUUGUUUGGUAGGAAUAAUUUGUGGUGGACUGCUAUACAUUGCAAAUGCAGGAGAUUCUCGAGUGGUCUUAGGAAGACUGGAAAAAGACUUUAAAGAGGUAAAAGCAGUUCAGUUGUCAUCUGAGCACAAUGCUAAUGUUGAAUCCGUACGGGAGGAGUUGCGAUCAUUGCAUCCUAAUGAUCCACAGGUUGUGGUCCUCAAGCACCAAGUAUGGCGCGUGAAGGGUAUAAUACAGAUUUCAAGAUCCAUUGGUGAUGCUUAUCUAAAGAAGGCAGAAUUCAACAAAGAACCUUUAUUGCCAAAGUUUAGAGUUCCAGAAUCAUUUGAUAAGCCAAUCCUACAAGCUGAGCCAGAAAUAUUAGUACGGAAACUCCAUCCUGAAGAUCAGUUUCUUAUAUUUGCAUCAGAUGGUCUAUGGGAACACCUUAGUAAUCAGGAGGCAGUUAACAUGGUCAACACUUGUCCACGUAAUGGUAUUGCCAGGAGACUUGUCAAAGCUGCACUUCACGAAGCAGCAAGGAAGAGAGAAAUGAGAUACUCAGACUUGGAAAAGAUUGACUGCGGAGUGAGGAGGCAUUUUCAUGAUGAUAUAACAGUGAUUGUUUUGUUUCUGGAUUCCCAUCUGAUAAGCCGCAGCUCCUGGCUAGGACCCCUGGUUUCAAUCCAAGGAGGUGGUGGAGGAGUCUCCGGAACUGGCAACUGCUAAUGCAACAGGUCCUAGACCUUUAUCAUUUGCUCCCCAUUCUCUCCUUUUGUAUGAAGAAUCAUUUUUCUUUUUCCUUUUAAAGAAAAGAGAUUGAAAAUGAUUUGUUUCCAAUGUAUAGCCAUGCAAUUUCGGAACUUGUUUCCCUAUAGCCAUAAUAGAAUUAUCUAUAGAUGUCAGUUACCAGUUAGAGAGUGCCUAAGAGAGAAUCAUUCUUUGAAGUUUACUCUGGUGACUGACGCAUGAUAAUUGAAAAGCUAUAAAUUCGUUGACAUCUAUGGUAUCAUCCAUUUAUCCUUAAGAAUUGCUUUAUAUUCUGCCACUAAAUUCAAGUACAUCUUUAUUGUGGUUCA